CCUCCGGUGUAGUGUGGACGGGGUCUGCAUGAGGCUAGCCUUUUGGGUAUUUGGCAUAUACAGUUCCAUUUAAUACUGUAUAUACGGCGCGUCAUCUUGUCACAAGUAAACAUAUCAAUCGCAUUAGCAUGUUAAAGAAACAUUAACGACCAAAGAUCAGCUAAUUAUAUUCUGCGGGCUAAUAAAUGUAAACAGUUGAAACGAAGCAAAGGUAAAGUUUAGCUUCUGAUUGGCAACUGCCAUAUGCAAGUUUAAAGUUGAUACAACCCUACAACACAACGACCGUUUAAGGGGGCCAUUUUAAGCCUUGUUGGCAAUCAUCAUCUUCAUACAAAAGAUUUGAUUCAACAAAGAAAUCGUUAUGAGGAGUAUUUUUGACGCAUUCCUAUAUCUCGUAGUUGCAAACAUGUUUCGAUUCCAAGUUAAAACUCUGGCGUUUCAAUCGUUAUAUAUUGGAGGUCUUUACCCGUUCACUGGACUUAGCACUGGCAGGCAGUCUUCUAUGAAAGGUGAACUAAUACAGCUAGCAGUUUCUAUGGCUAUAGAAGACGUGGAAAAGAAAGCUGUUUUGCCGGGAUAUCGGCUGCAACUUCAUGUAAAUGACACUCAGUGUAGAGCAGACCAUGCAUCGCGUGUUCUCUUUGAAAUGAUGAACAAAGAACCAAACAAGAUAGCUCUACUAGGGGCGGGCUGCUCUUUAGUGUCGGAGAGGAUAGCAGAAGUGGCCAAGACGUGGAAUCUUUUCAUGGUAUCGUACGGGUCGACAUCCCCAACUUUAACGAAGAAAGACAAAUAUCCCCUGUUCUUUAGAACAAUACCAUCAGAUGCGGCAUGUAACAAAGCUCGUGUCGCCCUCCUAAAGAAAUUCAACUGGAUGCAAGUGGGACUCAUAGGACAUAGCGAUAUUAUUGAUUCUGAGACUACUGCCGACUUGCAUAACGAACUUGCAAAGGAAAAUAUUCAGAUUCUCUCAUCGGAGACGUUUGCCGACGAUCCCACGGCCCAAGUCAAGAGCUUAAAGGAGAAAGAAGCCAGGAUAAUAAUUGGAAAUUUUGACGAGAGAUACGCAAGGAAAGUUUUUUGCCAGGCAUUUCACGCUGGCAUGUAUGGCGCCCGCUAUGCUUGGCUUAUACCAGGCUGGUUUAAUAAGAACUGGUGGAAGAUAAGGUUAAAGAACGAAUCAAUAGCGUGCACUGAGGACGAGAUGAAUAAAGCUGUAAAGGGAUACAUCGCCUGUGAUAACCUCAAGAUUAGUCCUGAUAACACUGUUACUGUAUCUGGACAGUCACGAGCAGAGUUUGGAGCUCGAUACGAGAAAGUCACUGGGAAAUCUUUACAAGACACUGAUGCUGGAUUCGCAUACGAUGCAGUUUGGGCACUAGCAAUGGCUCUAAACAAGACAGAAGAGUACCUAAGGGAAACCAAAUCAUGGCUAUCGAUAGAUAAUUUCACUUACUCCAAUACGGAGGUCAUGGAAUAUUUUAACAGGUCUUUGGAGGAAACGAACUUUACAGGCGUUACUGGUCCGGUACAGUUCACUGUUAGCGGUGAUCGAAUGGGUUACCUGAAGAUUGAACAGCUUCAGGAUGAAGAAGAAAUCACGGUCUCUUUGUAUCUGCAUCAAAAUGAUAGUAUACUCGAUGUGAAGGAAUCCAACUUUGUUUGGCAAGGCAGUGGUCCGCCGUCGGAUCGUACAAAGCUCGUCUUGCAAUUGAUGACCAUAUCUUCAGUUCUGUAUGGAGUCGUGUGUGUCAUCACUGUCCUUUGUAUUAUCCUGGCAGUUUGUUUUUUGGUUUUUAACAUCAAGCUUCGGAAUUACAGAUACAUUCAGAUGUCCAGCCCGCGCUUGAAUAACACCAUUGUUAUAGGAUGCAUAACCAUGUACUUAUCAGUAUUUCUGUUUGGAUUGGAUGGUAACCUGGUAUCACCCGGUCGAUACUCUGCUAAUUGCCAGGCGAGAAUAUGGCUCGCUUCUCUUGGAUUCACCACGGCGUUUGGCGCCAUGUUUGCUAAGAUAUGGAGGGUGUACGUCAUCUUUACCAACCGUAAACUACGAAAAAAGGUUAUUGAAGAUGGCAGCCUUUUUCUCUUUGUUGGUGCGCUUCUGUUGGUUGAUAUCUUGACUCUCAGUGUAUGGACGGGAGUCGACUCGCUUAUAAGAAAGCUUCAAGACGGGACCAUUGAGCACGGAGUCGAGUUUGACACAUUGCCUCAAUGGGAAUACUGCGACUGCCAGCAUAAGACGAUCUGGUUUGGCGUUCUGUUUGCCACCAAAGGCCUCCUCCUGCUGUUUGGUGUCUUCCUCGCGUGGGAAACACGACACGUUAACAUUCCCGCACUUAACGACUCUCGCUAUGUUGGGAUGUCUGUGUACAAUGUUGUCAUCUUGAGCGUUGUUGGUGUUCCUGCGGCACUGAUGAUAGAACAGGCGCAAAAUGCCACGUUUGCUCUUACAGCGUUCUUUAUUGUCUUCUGCACCACUGUGACACUGUGUUUGGUUUUUGUCCCUAAGUUUAUAGCAGUGAAGCGCAAUCCAAACGUGCUCAAUACAAGUGGGGCGACAACUAACUCGUCAAGCCAGAGCAGCGGAGAGUCAUCAACUUCCCAAGAUAAAGGAAUCGGAGGUCCCAAAUUCAUCGCCUUGGCAGCAGAGAACUCCAACCUUAAAAACCUAGUAGCUGAGAAAGAAGAGGAAAUAACUCAGCUCGAGACUCGCUUGAGAAAACGAGGUGUACCAAUGGAGAACAUUCGGAGAAUCUCAAAGACCGCUAAACGGCCUGAUACCAUACCACAAUCUACUCCCAGACUGAAUAUCAGAGGCGACAGGGAUGAUAGUCUUAGUGGGAGUGUUCAUAUUGAGGUAGCAGACAGUGGAGUGGUGUCGGCUUCAAGUGACACAAACAAAUCUGAAGAUAAUGCUGAACGGGAACCUUCGUCACCAAGACAACGAUACCCUCCCUCGUCAUCUAAGAUAGACAAAGGUGUUCUUCUUGGAAAUGACCUCGCAAAAGCUCACACAGCCGUAGCGAAAAAGUACUCUCUACCUCCACGGGUCAGAAAAGAUAUUCCUCAAAUCGAGACUAGAGCCAGGACGCGCUCAGUCGACAACGAGGUUCAAGAAGCGUAUGACAAUCUCGCAAUCUCCACCGAAACUAACGACGAAGCGACGCCAAGGAAGAAAUUGUCGCUCACUAACCGGCUAGAAAGUCCUUUCUACACAGAGCCCACGACAAAAGCUUCCGUCCAACCCCUCCCCUCUGCCAGAGCAAGAUACAGUAAGCGCAAAAAGGGAGAGGUCAUGGACUCGAACGCCAACGCCUUACCAGCCGUAAAGGACGAAGUGCAACGAAAGGGAAGCGUAGUUCUGGUAUCCAAAUCGCAAACAGGAGAAACUUGUUUUCAAGUGAAAACUCCAGCAGACUUUAGAAAAAAGCCAGGGAAAGAGAAAAUACAAAGUUCCGAAGAAUUCAACGUUUGACUUGGUUAUAGCAACAAUGGUCGCCCCUUUGAAAAAUUAGUUUGUUUUUCUAUGCCUUGAAAAGGUGUUUUGUUUUACUAUUGGUGAGCUUAGAAGACUUAAUAAAAGUCAAUGCGAGUGGCAAUUUUAA